CAGUACCUCAAGACAAACUCUUAUGUGGAUUCCAGAUUCUUUUUUUUCCAGUUUGCUGAGCGGGAGAAUCUCAACACUUCGGGAUGAAACUGGUGCUAUAUUUAUUGAUAGAGACCCGGCAGCAUUUGCACCCAUUUUAAAUUUUCUUCGGACAAAAGAACUAGAUUUAAGGGGCGUCAGCAUUAAUGUUCUCAGGCACGAAGCAGAGUUUUAUGGAAUCACGCCAUUAGUGCGAAGGCUUCUCUUGUGCGAGGAACUGGAGCGUUCGUCCUGCGGCAGCGUGCUUUUCCACGGCUAUUUGCCCCCGCCAGGUAUUCCCAGCCGUAAAAUAAACAACACUACUAGAUCUGCUGCUGACUCCAGGAACGGACUGAACUCUGUCGAAGGUGAAGCCCGGGGAAAUGGCACACAGCCCGUUCUCUCCACGGCUGGGGAAGAGGCGAUCAGGCUGGGAUUUCCUGUGGAUCCACGAAAGGUGCUAAUAGUAGCUGGACAUCACAACUGGAUCGUGGCCGCGUACGCUCACUUCGCUGUGUGCUACAGAAUCAAAGAGUCCUCAGGAUGGCAGCAGGUGUUCACAAGCCCUUACCUAGACUGGACUAUUGAGCGCGUGGCUUUGAAUGCCAAGGUGGUUGGGGGUCCUCAUGGCGACAAAGACAAAAUGGUGGCCGUUGCCUCGGAGAGCAGCAUCAUCCUGUGGAGCGUUCAGGACGGGGGCAGCGGAAGUGAGAUUGGUGUGUUCAGCCUUGGUGUUCCUGUGGAUGCGCUCUUCUUCAUUGGAAACCAGCUGGUGGCCACGAGCCACACAGGCAAGGUGGGCGUGUGGAAUGCUGUCACCCAGCACUGGCAGGUUCAAGAUGUUGUUCCCAUCACCAGCUAUGACACUGCUGGCUCCUUUCUUCUCCUGGGAUGUAACAACGGAUCCAUAUAUUACAUAGAUAUGCAGAAAUUUCCUUUGCGAAUGAAGGAUAAUGAUCUUCUUGUUACGGAACUGUAUCACGACCCUUCCAAUGAUGCUAUUACUGCUCUGAGUGUUUACCUCACGCCCAAAACAAGUGUCAGUGGGAACUGGAUUGAGAUCGCCUACGGUACCAGCUCAGGAGCGGUGCGCGUGAUAGUGCAGCACCCGGAGACGGUUGGGUCAGGGCCCCAGCUCUUCCAGACGUUCACAGUUCACCGAAGCCCCGUGAUAAAAAUCAUGCUGUCUGAGAAGCACCUGGUAUCAGUCUGUGCAGAUAAUAAUCACGUCCGCACGUGGACAGUGACGCGGUUCCGAGGGAUGAUCUCCACUCAGCCGGGUUCCACCCCUUUAGCAUCAUUCAAGAUCCUGUCUCUGGAAGAGACGGAGAGCCACGGGAGCUACUCCUCUGGAAAUGACAUAGGGCCUUUUGGCGAGCGAGAUGACCAACAGGUGUUUAUUCAGAAAGUUGUUCCCAUCACUAACAAGCUGUUUGUCCGACUCUCGUCUACUGGGAAGAGGAUCUGUGAGAUCCAGGCGGUGGACUGCACGACCAUCUCCUCCUUCACCGUGCGCGAGUGCGAGGGCUCCAGCAGGAUGGGCUCGCGGCCGCGGCGCUACCUGUUCACGGGCCAUACCAACGGCAGCAUUCAGAUGUGGGACCUGACCACGGCGAUGGACAUGGUCAGCAAGAGCGAGGACAAGGACGUAGGCGGCCCGACGGAGGAGGAGCUGCUCAAGCUGCUGGACCAGUGCGACCUGAGCGCCUCGCGCUGCGCCACCCCGAACAUCAGCCCCGCCACCUCCGUGGUGCAGCACAGCCGCCUGCGGGAGUCCAGCUCCAGCCUGCAGCUGCAGCCCCGUGAGGCUGCCCAGGAUGCGGCCACCUACAGCUCCGUGCGGCCUUACCGGGAGAGCCCGCUGCUGGCCCGGGCACGGAGGGCUGAGAGCUUCCACAGCUACCGGGACUUCCAGGCCGCCAGCUGCAGCCUGGGCCCCUUGCCAGCUGAAGGCAAGGGAGCAGCAGGAGAGGGGCCAGUGGCCGAGGGGAGGUCCCCUGGCACAGAGAUGGGGCGCCCCAAAGAGGCGGACAGCAGCUCAGAAAUGCAAAAAGCGGCUGAAGGGUGCUCAGAAGUCAGGAAACGGUCUUCUGAAGAUGACAGUGACGCCAAAGUGGAAGUGAGGCGGAAGGGUGGGUCCGAGGCGGGUGGGCUGCUGGGAAGGCGGAGAGCCCCCCAUCCGGCUCCAACCUCCUGCCCCAGCACCCCCGAUGGUGGUGCCGACUCCCCCGGGACCCCAUCACCCACCAGGACCACGCCAUCCCCUCGGCAUAGAAAGGGUGAGUCUCUAGGUCAGGAAUACAGCUUGUGAGACUGAACCGGGCUGAGUGUUGGUUGUUAGAUUUAGGUGAAAAUUCAGUUCUCCUGAUUUCAGUACGUUCCUUCUUACACUAAGACAAUACAAUUGGACUUCAGUUAGUAUCUUUUUAACACAAUUGCCUGGAAUAAGAAGAUCCAGAGAUCAUGUCUCUGUUGACAUUUUGGCUUAGUCUUACAAGGAUAUUUAAGAGACCGUUUGUAGAACGGGGCUGCUGUUAACACUCGCUGCUGUCCACUGGCCUUUCUCCGGUCUUGGGGCUCAGUGGGUGGUGCUUAUGCCCAUGAUCAAGGCUUACGCUCGGCCUGCAGUGCGGCCGCAGUGAAUCUCAUGGUUCUCCGAACUCGCGCUCCACCCCCAUGAUCGCAGUGUGUUUGCCAGGUAUUUGAUGAGGUGCUAUGUUUGUGAAAAAAUACGUAACUCCAAAACACUAUUGGUAGUAAAUGCCAGAUCCCACUGUGUGGUAAGACUUUCAGGGUUGUUGUAGUUUGUGAGUCGUCUUCUGAUUUUCACGGUUGGCAGUUCUAAGUCCUCGCAUGAAUCUCCAAUAUUCAGUGCCAGAAGUCCGUGUGCGCUUAGGUCAAGUUGCUGCAAUUGUCCGUGUUUGAAGAUGACAUAAAUAAUAAUAAUUAGGGCAGGGUUUUGAGUACCCUACAGGAAAACUCUCUGAGUUGCUAAUUUGCCUUGUUCAGGAGUUGCCGUGUUUUCUUUAAUGUUAAUGAUCAAGAUAAUUAAAUGUGACCAUCUUAUUACACUUAGGGAUGUGUAAUUGUGGAUUUUUGGUUAAAGGCUUUUGCUGUUGUGGAAAUGUUAUUUUGAAUGUAUUUUGUACUGUCAGAGCAAAAGAAAGAAUUUUUUGUACAUUUUUUCAUUUAAUUAGAAUGAAUUUCAAGUUUCAGC